AUGGCAAUCUUUAAUCGUCUCUUAAAUUAUUUGAGAGAUAAACUUUUUGUGGUUAAUCACCCUUAUCAACCCAUUCGUUCAAGUACACCUACUACCGAACAAGACAAUGCUUUAUCGAAAGAUAGUUUCCCUGAUUUUCAGAAUAAACUAGCCUACGGGAUUUUCUUGAUACAGGGUCUUGCAAUGCUGCUACCAUGGAACGCUUUUAUAACAUCAUCGGAAUUCUUUCGUUCUAAAUUCUCUGGAUCACAAUAUGCUAAUAAUUUUCAAAAUUAUUUCUCGAUUGGGUUUACGUUUCUUAACCUGAUCUUUUUUGGAAAAGCGUUAUAUACACAGAGAAAGGUGGAUUUAUUCCGUCGAAUAGCCUGUUCACUCAUAGUCAAUGUUUUAGUAUUUUCUUUGAUGGCACUUUCGACCCUUUAUGUUGAAUUAUUUUCGUCUUCGGGUUAUUUUUAUUUCAUUAUGAUAAUGCUUUUGAUCACGGGUGCUACAACUUCAUUGAUACAAAAUGGGAUUCUUGCCCUUGCUUCCCAAUUCCCUCCGAUCCAUAUGCAGGCUGUGAUGAGGUAA